AUGAUUUCCACAUCAUCAUUAUCUACAGAUUCAUUCAUACCUUCAAAACAUCAAGUAGCUGGUCAUGACGGUUGUUUAACUUCAGAAUCCUUAUUCAUUAAAUCAACAACAAAACAAGAAAUUGACUUUUAUCAAGAAACAAUUUUACAUGAUUCAAAAAAGGAAAAUUCAAAUUUAGGUGAUUUGUUAUCUCAUUGGAUGCCUACAUUUAUGGGGACUUUGACGGAAGGAGAAAAUGUCAAAGAAUCAGAAAAGAUACACAUGGUGCUUUCUAAUUCAUAUUAUGGUUUUAAUUAUCCAAGUAUUUUAGAUAUCAAAUUAGGUUCAAAACUAACUGAUGAUCUAACAACCACGAAGGAUAAGGUAGAAAGGUUAGCUAAAGUAUCAAAAUCUACCACUUCUGGAUCUUUAAAUUUUAGAAUUUGUGGAAUGAAGGUGUUUAAUGGAUUUAAUCAUCAAAAGCCCAAGGUUGAAUUUUAUGAAAAUAUGAAUGAUAGCUCUGUUUCAGUUAUAAUUGAGGAGUCAAAACAUUAUUAUCUUGAAUUCAAUAGGAUUUAUGGAAAAUCUUUGAAUGAAAGUAAUAUAAAAAAAGGGAUAUAUUUAUUUUUCAAUGAGAGUCAUUUAGGUAAAGAAAUUAUAAAGAAAUUACUAGGUCAAUUUUUGAAGAGGUUACAGAUUUUGUAUAAUUGUUUAUUAGACAAGGAAAUCAGAGUGUUUUCAGGUAGUUUAUUAUUUAUUUACGAAAGUGAUUUAAAAAGAUGGCAAGGUGUAAAUGAUGAUAAUUAUGAUGAUUUAGAUCCUUUAAUAAAUGAAAAUUUAGCAAAUUUGAAAGAUGAAGAAGAUGAAGAUGAGGAGGGAGUAUAUGAAGAAAUUAUUGCUCCUUUGAGUUCUUUACAAUUGAUUGAUUUUGCACAUGCUAGGUAUGUUCCCGGUAAAGGUUAUGAUGAAAAUAUAAUACAAGGGAUUGAAAAUUUGAUUGAAAUUUUCCAACAAUUAAUAGAAGAAAACUAG